CGGGACCUUCCAGUACAAGGCGCCGCGGCUUCCGCCCGGGAGGGGCGCUGAUCCCAAACGAGGUUGUGCGCGCUUCCUGCGAUGGUGUUUUGCUGUCCCCGUUCAGCCCCAGGUGCGCGGGACGUAGAAGCCAGACAGCCGGGAGGCGGAGAUGAAAGGGGCCGCGCGUGCCAGGCCCUGCUGCAGCCCCCGAGAGGUCGGAGGCGCGGAGCCAGGGCUGACCCUGUGCGCACUGGGUCGGGGGCCAUCCCGCGUCUCAGCCUGCGCUGGACGCACCACCCGGGCAGAAAAGUGACAUCAGAACCUUAGGCUCCGUUGUCAACCACGGUUACUGAUGUCACCCGUUUGCACAGGGAGGAAGGUGUGACCUAGGGAGGCGUCCUCCUGUCCUAGUCAGGGUCUGCUCUGGGUGGGAGGGAUUGUAGGACCCCCUCUCUACUGGCUGUCACAGCCUAAGCUGGUGAACUGUUUCUAGCUAGAGUGCCUCUUCGGUGAAGUCUAAAGCCACGAGAUGACAACGGCAGCUGCCGUGUAUUGAAAAGCACGUGCCAGGCCAUCCUGGACUUACCGGUAAAUGUGUUAUCUCAGUAAUCCUGGCAGCUGUAUUAACGUGCAUGCCAGCCCCUUUCACAGAUGAGGGGCUGAGGUCAGAGAAGCAGCUUGCCAGAGUCCCUGGAGGGCAAAGGGGCACAGCCUAGAUUUGGACCCAGAUCUCUGAUUCUGAAUCUCAGCGGUUAGCCUGUGCGCGGACCCGGCAUCCUGUGAUAAUAGUUUCCCUUCAAUAGGUGUAGCUGCCUGUCAGCUCCGUUGGUUACCUUAGCUCACUGCUGCCUCCUCGAGUUUGGAAGACCCGCUUACCCAUAGCUAAGCCCCUCUCCCAACUCUGAAGGUGCUCAGCAUCCCUGAGCUUGACCCAAGUUCCCUGGAAAUUCCCACCCACCUGUUACCCCAGAUCUCCCAAUACUCUGCCUCCCUUUGCUUGAGGUGGGAAAGGAUGCCCUCUGCCCAGGAUCUGAAUGGCCGGUGUGCAGCGCCAAGCCUGCUGGGCCUAUGGUGGCAGGGCUGCAAGUGCACGACAGAACACACCCAGGGUGCUCACACAGUGCCAAGCCAGCCCCCAGGGUGCUGAGGCUGCCUCUCCCCUCUGUACCCCGCCCUCCCUUGUAAUGCAGAGGCCGAAAGUCUUGGCUUUCCGGGUAGGUAGAUGCUGGACGUCAGCAGCAGACAGGGCACCCCAGCACAAUGAGCCCGCAGCAGUCCAGACUUUCUAGCCUCCAAGUGUACCUCAGAGCGGAAGCUGCGCAUUUGAUUUUUUUUUUUGGCUCCAUAUUAAAGAACAAAGCAUGGGAACUGGACAGGCCCCUCUGUAAACAGAAAACACAUGUUUUCUGAGAGAAUGGGCACUUCCUCUCCUGGUUUCAUCUCCCAUGGACAGAGGUCUCCUUAGGCCUGCUGACUUCAAGACCAGGGAGGCUGCAGACAGAAGGCUGAGAGGAGGUGAUUCGUCUUUGCUCAACUCGCCUUCUUGAAUGGGGGCAAAGACAAGUGCUAGAGGUCUGCUUGGCAGUGGGGUGUGGUCUGAGGAGGGAGGCCCCUCAGAGACCGGAACAGGAAGUGGGGGUCUGGACCAUUUGUGUCCUCCAAGCACACUGGAAUCAUUUAGGGUUCUACCCGAACUAGCUCCAGGUGAACGUGUGUUCUUUGGAGCCUGCUAGCCACAAAUGGGCAGAGACCUCUAACUCAGAUGAGAAGCCUGUGUCUGCAAAGAACGGGCAUUCUGGGACUGAGUACCCACUGCUGUGUGGCCUUGGGCAAGUUUCUUAACCUCUCUGGGCCUCACAUUUCUCAUCUGUAAAAGCAGGAUAACAGUAGUUAUUUAGGAUUAAAUAAGAUCAUGGAAAAUGCCCCAUUGGACACAUAACUAGGAGCUAAUUAAUAAGUGAGCAAAAUCAAAUAUUGUCUCUGUUUCAAUGCUGAGCUAUUGUAGAGUGGCCCAAGAAUCCUCUACAGACUCCCGGGGUGCCCGUACUCCAAAGAGCACCUCCUCUUCCCCUGCCUUCUGUUGAGCACAGCCACUCCCAGGCGGCUGUGACACCUUUCUGGAAGCAGCCAUCUUGCGGACAGAUCAUCCCUUUGAAUCUCCCCGGCAGCCUGAACUUUGUCCUUGAGGGGAGAUUUGAUUUGGGGAAAUCAUCAGACAUCCUUUAAGACAAGUCUGCUGAAUGGAUGCUCAGAAGCCAAGCCAGGGCCUCCUGUCCGGUUCAGUCUGGCCUCAUGCGCUGAAGGCAGUAUACAAAGGAUCUGGACUGGAUCAUCGCCACUGGUUUUGCUGCAGCAGGCCAGAGACAUGAGACAUGGGGCUGGGCCCCAGGACAGGGUGGUGAGGACAUCCCGGUUCCCACGAAAAGCAACCGCCUGGCAAGGCUGGAGCAGACAAAGAGGGAGUGAGGGGGUGUGGCUCACUCCCCAAGUUUUUUGGCUCAGCUUCAGUGCUGGGUCAUUCUUGGGGACUGCUAUACCCACUGGGCACUGCAGAACUUCUGGUGCUUGUGGCAAAGGGGAGUCAGGAGGAGCCCUGUCCCUGGACCAGACCUUCCUGUUUGGGGUACUGGGACCCAGUGGCCCUGUGCACCUUUCCUGAAGCUUCUGGGCCCCCAGUGAUCGAAUGCAGUGGGCUGGGGAGUCACAGACUGUGCUUCCUGCCUUCAUCCUCCGUUCCAGGUUCCUGUGCAUUCGUGGGCCCAUCCACCUGGCUGGGCUUGGCUAGGCUGUGACCUUCUCUGAGGACAGGGCUCUGCCUGCAUUUGGAGCUGCUGGGACCUCAGUGUCACCCCCCACUCUCGCCAGCUGGCCUCACAAAGGUGCCCAGGAGGAGACCUGAUUGCCGGCUCCUUUCCCCUCCCUGGCUGAGCAGAUUCUACAACAGCCUGUGGAAAUUAAAAUAAGAGCCUAAAACUGUCAAAAAAAUUUUUUUAACCAAGUCACAAAUGGGAAAGCUGAGGCGGCAGCAGGUUAAGGACACGUUGUGAUGUAGCGUUCUCUCCCGGUGCUUUCGUACUGUAAACAUCACAGUCCACGGUCCCUGUGAACAGGCAGCCACAGAGACUGGGUUUAGAGUUGCCGGGGGAAGGCUGCAUCCAAAGUGUGGCCAGCUCAGAACUAUUCCACCACAUGGGGGGUCAUUAGUUCUGCUCAGUUCUGUGGGGCCUCACUAGUGUUUCCAUUUAAAAAUAAGUCAAGGUAAAAGAGAAAGUUUUAAAAUCUAACAGUCAUGUAUCUAUUUCUGUAAUUGUAAAGAAAUACACUGUCCUGUGCCGGCUGGAGGCUCUGGAGCAGAGGACCUAGGAGACAAUGUUUUCUUUUUCCUUUUUUUUUUUCCUGAAUUUUCCAAACCAUCUAUAACAGUGUGUAUUGCUUUUAUAAUGGGAGGAGAUAAAAUAGACUUACAUUAAAAAUAAAGUGCACCUGAGCCUACAUGUCACAUGUGAUAAUCAAAGGCACUUUCUAUUUAUCAAAUACCUGGUUCAUGCCGCAUCUCAUGCUAGGCCCUCCCAGCAUGCUGGCUCCUCAGAACCCCCUGCAGGUGGGAGCUGGCAGCCAGGUCCCUGAGGCAGCACUCGGCACCCACGUAGCAGAGCCAAGGCUGGACAGGGAUGACUCCAACUCCCAGGAUUGUAUUAUGCUUAUAACGACUUCCUGCCUGUUUGUAUUUAAGACAAGGUCUCUCACUGUAGCCUUGACCUCCCGGGCUUGAGCAGUGCUCCCACCUCAGCCUCUGGAGUAGCUGGGAGUUACAGGUGCACACCACCAUGCUUGGCUAAUUUUUGUAUAUUUUGCAGAGACAGGGUUUCACUGUGUUGCCCAGGCUGGUCUGGAAUUCCUGGGCUCGUGUGAUCCACCAGCCUCAGCCUCCCAAAGUGCCAGGAUUAUAGGCGUGAGCCACAACACCCAGCCCCUGUCUCUUAAAGGUGAACAUUUUCCCUAAAUACAAUGAUGUUCAGUUCAAGUAUUUGUAUCUCACUUACAUAGAAUAUGGAAUUAUUUCUGUAAACAGAAUUUAGUAAAAAAUAUAAAAAUCAGCCAGGUGUGUUGGCUUACGCCUGUAAUCCCAGCACUUUGGGAGGCCAAGGUGGGCAGAUCACAAGGUCAGGAGAUAGAGACCACCCUGGCCAACAUGGUGAAACCCUGACUCUACUAAAAAUAUAAAAAUUAACUGGGCAUGGUGGUGUGCACCUGUAGUCCCAGCUACUUGGGACGCUGAGGCAGGAGAAUCGCUUGAACCUGGGAGGCGGAGGUUGCAGUGAACCAAGAUCGCGCCACUGCGUCACUGCACUCCAUCCUGGUGACAGAGUGAGACUCUGUCUUAAAAUAUAUAUAUAUAUAAAACUCAUAGAUUUUUACCUUAUUUUACCUUAUGACACUGUUGACCAACAGCCAAAGUCAGGAUCGGUUAUGUAACUCUCAGAGCCCAGAACAAAAUGAAAAUAUGGGUUCCCUUGUUCAAGAAUGACUGAGAAUUUUAAGAUCGGGGACAGCCAAACAUUGAGUGUGGGGCCCUUCUGCACACGGACCCUCUACCAUGGGGUAGGCCACAAGGCCCACAAAGUCAGCCCUGGACAAGUUAUUGAUGGUGUAUGAUAGAACUAAGGUGACAGUUCCCUUUGAGACACACUCUAAUCAUCAGUGACCACCAGUCAGAAAACAAAUGGGCUUAAGCUGCAGGAAGACGAGCCGUUUCCAAGGCAUUUUCCAAUCUGAAAAAUAGCGGUCGCAGCUCAGGAAUGGAGUUCCCGGUGAGGACGCAGCGGGAGACACAGCCAGGCUUCCCUCCCCAGGAGAGGGCCAGGCCCUGCAUAGGAGCUUUCGUGAAAAACCAGGGAGGCUGCAGAUUCUCUGGAAAUAUCAACACGCUGGUGCCACACCUCGAUAGAGCUUCCGUCACUCUGCCGUGGAGCGCGCGAGGCGGACCGUCCCAGGCCUUGGGGAGAAAUCAUGACAGCUGAUGCCAGUGCUUGUUACUAGGAAAACACAGUAAGAACCUUCAUCCCUAAAUGUUUAUACCUACUAUGUACUCACAAAAAUUUUAAAAAAGGAUUUACCAUGAAAAUGUAAAGUAUCUCAAUCUUUAUCUUGAUCAUACGUUGAACUGAUAAUAUUUUGGAUAUAUUGGUUUAAAUAAAAUAUAUUAAUUUAAAAAAAAAAAGAAAAGGAAAACUUCAUCCUGCUGCCUCUGGGAAAAGAUCUUAGGUUCAUUGGCAGGUAAACGUUCCCCCAAAGGAGGUCCGCUAUGAAUGCUGGAAACGAACCGUCAGCUGACAAGCAUCUGCAGCUCUGAAAACAAGGGCUCCACGCAUUGUCCCCACCAGUGCCCCACCAGCCCACCCCCAUCACCUCUAUGUCCUCAGCCCCACGUCAGGUUCUGGAAGUUUCCAGGGGAGUGGGCAGUACCCUCAGGGGCUCUUGGGGUGAGGCCUCUUCCAUGAAUCACAUGUGGAAGCCCGGGACCAACCUCAGAGAGGAUCAUGUCUGAGAAGUCGUCUGAGGGGAAAAUAUCCACUUAAGAGAGUGGUUCUCCAGGCCUUUGGGGACAAAGGACAAAUAUUCCACCCCAAUCCCCAACAGGCUCCUUGUUCAUUUUUCUUUAAAAAACAAGAAAACAAAUCCCCAUUCUCCCCAGCCUGAAACAGUGCUCUGGAGGAGCUGCCCUGGCCCCGAGUGUCUUCUCCAUAAACACGUCUGGCGAGGAAGGACGGACAACGGCCUCAGGCCCAGCUGGCACCCAGAAGAUCUAUGCCUCCCAGCGCCUCCAGGGCCCUUGCAGUCUCGAGAGAUGUGGCUUGGCCACUUUUGCAGAUUCCCAGGCCUGGGGCCACUCAGUUGCCUCCCCCAGCCCAGGUGUCUCCACAGGACCCUGGCCUCGGAGAGUCUGAAGCCAGGCAGGGAGAAGAGGGUAGAAAAUGGUGGUGCUGGGGAGCUGGGCUGUGGGAGUUGGGCUGUGGGAGCUGGGCCAGGCCAGCAAAUCAUUCCCGAAGGUGGAGAACUGCCGGCUGAGGGCACCGUGGGCCUGGGUCCAGGGCCCAGCGUGGAACCUCUUCUUCUGGAGCACCAGGGGUCACAACAGCAUGGGCCUGGGUCCAGGGCCCAGCGUGGAACCCCUUCUCCUGGAGCACCAGGGGUCACAACAGUCCCUCUACUCCACGAUCACGGGUGACCCACGGCCGGGUGCUUUCGGGACGAGACAAAGACAGCGUGUUCCUCCAAGCCCCUGCCUGCCGCUCCGUCACUGGGGCCAUGGUCUGCGUGCCAACAACCUUUUAGGAAGCAUCUUGUGCCCACCCUCACCACCCCGCAAAAAACCUGUGUCCAAAACACUUGGCAGUGGGCUUCAAACACUCAGGUGCCCCGAGGAGGCGCCGGGAGAUGAGCCCAGAGCGCUGACUGGCGAAGGCCCCAGCAGGACUGGGCCGUGGGACUUGCUUGUUUACCUCUUAAGAGAAAAACACAACGAAAAAAGCUUCUGGGUAGAAUUGGAAGUUCUGGGGCUCUCGGCGCCUCGGCCUCCGCGCGGUUCUCUUCCUCCCCUCCCCGGCCUGCUUUUCCUCCUUCUUUCCCUCUUUGUUGCCAACCUCAGAGCCGCGGCUGAAACCCAGCCCAGCGUCCGCGAAGCCCGGAAACUUCCAGCUCCGCGACUGUGCAGAAAGUUGGGGGGCGCGGCCGGGGUGACAGCAGCAUCUCGGGAGCGGCCGCGGCGGCCACCCGGGACCUCGGCCUCCCGCGCCUCCCGCUGCCCCAGCCGCGCCCGGGGACCUCGGGCAGCCCGCGGGCCGGACGUGAACUUGACCGUCGCUGUGCCCGCCUGGACCGGGGCGCGCUCGGGACGAUCUGGUAAGCGCUACCCCUCCCGCCCUCGCCCGGCGGCGCUGGGGUCCGGGUCGGGGUCCGUGGCUCGACCACGAGGGCGUGUCCGGGGCGGCGGGCGCCAGGGCUCCUCGGCCGCUGCACGGGAGCGCACGGCUGAGCCCGCGGCCCGGCCCGGUGAAGUCAGCCCCCAGCCUUCCAAACAAAGACUCGGAAAGUUGGGAAGGGAAUCGUUCCCGACAUUUUCCUUCCCCUCGGGCUCUGCGUUGCGGCCAUCAGGGCUCCUAAAAGGGAAAGGAGAGCUCUCUGGUUUUCUCCUGGUGUUUUCUUCCCUGCGCUUUGCCCCCCACCUUUGGCUGGAGGGAAGGAGGAGGGGGCAUGGACGCCCCUCGGGUCCUCAGGUGUUGACCCUCCAAGGUCAAGCUACCCAGGGACACCACAGGAGGUGAGGGCCUGUGGGAUGAGGGACCCCCGACAGCACAAGGAGGCAAGCCCCUCAUGGCUGCAAUGCUUGGGUCCUGGGGCUCAGAUGGAAGUUGCUCCUGAUCUCCCCCACCGUCCGUACCAUUCUGAGUGACUUCUCUUAGCCGUCCUAGGUGACCCUUCUGAGCAAGACACCCUGGUCACCAAUGUCCUGUUGGCUCUGCUUGAGGCAACCACAGUGCCAAGUGAGCCUGGCGGGUGCUGGGUCACAGGACAGCCAUGGAUAGGGCCUGGGGAGGAGAAGAAGCCGGGGCCCUGUAGGGUCUGUUCCUUGGGGAGCAGGUGGGGGACUCUGCUGCCGCCCCAAUUCCUGCCUGCGACAGGCCCAGCCCAUACCUCCAGCUAGCUUCUCUGCAUGCCCCUCUGUCUGCCUGAGACAAGGCCUCUGUCCCCGUGAGGGUUCUGAUCCCUGGGGGGCACUCCUGGGGUAGAAACCUACCCCGCCAGUGGGCGGUGGCAAAGCCCUGGAAACUCACAGAGCUGUCCUGGGCCUGGGCCUCCACAAGCCUCCCAUUUUGAUCAGGUGCCCCCAACCACAGCAGGGACCACCUAUCAAGUCUUGCUACCCGCGGUGGCCAGGUCCUCAGCCUUCCAGAGACCAUUGCUAACUUGCCUCCAUCCCCGGGUGCCUACGCUCCCAAAGUCCUCCUUAGGGGAGCACCCAAGCCAAGAGGGCUGGCCAACCAGAGCCUGAGCGGGUCACCACACCGUGUCCCUGGCCUCUCCGGCAGGGCUGUCGCAGGGCAGCCUGCAGGCGUCAGCUGGGGCACAGAAGGGGUUUGCAGUGAUGGCAGGGGACGGAGUGCUCAGUCAGCUCCAGCCUGUUGCUACCAUGAGGAUAAGGGCUGGGGCUGUCGGAGUUUCUGACUUGGGAAGAAAUCCAGAUUUGUACAUGAAAUGUCCAAAAUUCGAACACAUUGCAGGACAGAGGAAACACUGUCGGGUUGAACCCAUGCCCCCACCCCAAGUUUGCAACUCCUUUGUACGCCUGAACUGGUUAGUGUUCAAAGGAAGGCAGAUUUCUUAGUGACCCUGGCCCCAGCCCGAGAUUUGAGCAGGAGGCCCCGUGGAUCUGGGGAGCAGGGAGGCAGGAGAGUUUGUAUCUUACAGAUCCAGCACCAUGGGGAGGGUCGGCCUCCACAGGCAUGAGCUGUCCAGGUAACUAACCCUUGCUUGAGCCCAUUUAAAGUUAAAAUCUCCCUGAAAUGAGGAACCUGACCUGCUCCAUCCCCAAACCCUUUGGGGGAGCUUUUAUGUCCAUUCAAUCAGGGUAUAAUGAAGGAAAGACAGGAUGCAGAGAGUGAACCUGAACUUGGACUUUCUUCAUGUCCCAGGCAGUGGAGCCGCAGCAUGUCGAAAAGCCUGGGCUUAUAGGGCAGUUCUGCACUGAGGCAGACCUGCCUCCGCCUGCCAGUGCUACCUCAUUCUAGCUGGGUAACCUCACCUCUCUAGGCCUCAGUUUCCUCAUUCAUAAAAGGAGCUUAAUAAGAGCCGGCAGAACUCACACCUGUAACCCCAGCACUUUCGGAGGCCAAGGCAGACAGAUCAUGAGGUCAGGAGUUCGAGACCAGCCUGGCCAACAUGGUGAAACCCCGUCUCUACUAAAACUACAACAAUUAGCCAGGUGUGGUGGCACACACCUGUAGUCCCAGCUACUCUGAAGCCUGAGGCAGGAGAAUCGCUUGAACCCGGGAGGCGGAGGUUGCAGUGAGCCGAGGUUGUGCCACUGCACUCCAGCCUGGGUGACAGAGCAAGACUCUGUCUAAAAAAAAAAAAAAAAAAAAAAAA